AUGAAGGCCUUAAUCAGAACAGAAUUCCAGACCUCAAGGUGCAACGAAAUUGAAGCUCGAACAAAAGAGAAACAGUGGACAGUGGCACUCUCCCGAUCAGAAGAGAAUUCAAGAUCUCAAGGUGCAACGAACUUAAACAACAAAAGAGAAACAGUGGACAGUGGCACUCUCCGACAUAGCCGACUAGCCAAGAAUCAGAAACAGUGGACAGUGGCACUCUUCGAUAUAGCUAGGAGAAAUAGUGGACAGUGGCACUCUCCGACAUACCCGGCUUUCCAGACCUCAAGGUUCAACGAACUCAAAGCUCGAACAACAGAGAAACAGUGGACAGUGGCACUCUCCGACAUAGCCGACUACGAGAAUCGACCGUUGAUGAGUUUAGACUACGUACCGAACACGAUUGCCUAUAAACACCUUCACAGAUUGGGAAAAUGUUGUGCUGGAAGUGUAUGUGAAGGUGACGAUGAUGAUGAUGAUGACGAUGAUGAGAUUGCUGAUGUGAGAGGAAUGCUCGAGAAUGUUGGAGAAUUCAAUAAAGUGCAUCAAUAG